AAUAAGUGAAGAUUGAACAAUGAGCACGAAGGGGAAGGCCAAACGCGGUGCGAAAGCAUCCGACACUCAAAAAAAUUAUUUAGUUGAAUUUUUACAAAAUAGACCGGACUUAGCAAAUGACAAAUUUCCAAAACAUCUUCAAAGCUCAAAUUACCGGGAUAACGAAUGGGAAUUGUUAAGUGUGGAACUUAAUUCUUUAGGAGGAGCUAUAAAAACAGCAUCCAAAUGGAGGAAAUACUGGAAAGAUUUGACGAUAAAUGUUCGAAAUCGAGACAAUAGUAUUAAGCAAAAGUUACUUCAAAGCGGUAUCAAUGGGUUUCUUCCAAUGCGAGAACAGCCUGAAAUUGAUCUAAAAAUACUUUCGAUAAUUACCACUGAAGAAUACAUUAAACACGAUCAAGGUUCAGUGAACGAAGAGGCUUUCGAAAAAGUCCAUAUUACACGAAACAAUUCAAAACCUAAAAUUGAUGUAUGUGAACCCGAAAUGGAAAAUGAUGAUUCACAAUGUGAUGAGUUUUAUCCAAGUCAGAUAGAAGUGGAACUUUCAAUAUGUUCAAAUGAUUCCACUGAAUUUAAACAAGCAACUCCUUCGAUGUCUACAGGAAAAGAACAACAAAAACGGAAGAGAACUUUUUUCACUCCUCUUUCUGAUAAUGCUUCGCAUUCUUCAAAAUAUGAUUCUUUUUUCAAAUUCUACAUGGAAAUGGAGCAGAAAAAAUUAAAAUUAAAAGAGAGAAAAAUUGAACUGAUGGAAGAAAAUAACCAAAUACAAAUCGAAAUCAAAAAUGGAAUUGAUAUUUUGUUGCAAGAGUUGCAUAAUAAAAAUAAGCUAUGAAGUACAA